AUGAUUCGAUCGGACAGAUACAGUUAUACUCGUUAUCCCGUGUCGCGCGUGACUAUCGUCGAGAAGGCAAUUCCCCAUGGCAUUCACAAACGGGUCGUUCGCGACCUUUCUGAUCGUCUGUCGUACGUCAAGAGCUCCGAUCUCCGCGUGUCCCAACAGCCCUAUCCCCUAGAUAUCAUCAUGGCAUUGAACAUGUCGAUUGGAAUCCAUACAAAAACUUUGAAGAUCCGAUCUAAAGGAACCAAAACUGAUAUUUCCCUCGCAGCAACCGCUUUCUUCCUCGGGAUCAUCUUCUCCCUGUUCCCUUACGACUACCCGCUCCUCUGGUCCCCAUCGCCCACCCCAGCCUCCCACUAUGACUACCUAGAGGCACACCUGAAAUUCCUCCAUGCCUCCCCGCCACUCAUCCCCCGCAUCCUCCACAUCGUCAUCGCCAUCGGCCUCAUCGGCCUCCUGAUGAAGCUCUACCGCCCCUCCGAAUCAAACAUGCUCUUCGACGGUGCCAGUCUCGUGCUCUACAUGUGCGGCGUCAUCGUGUACAUUGCCAACAUCGUCAAGGGUCUUCGCAUCGUCACCGCUGGCGAUUAUGGCGCGAAAGUGGCUGAGGAAGCGUCCGAUCAGAUUCUGGGGCAGGGGAGGACAGUUUGA